AUGACCAAUUCUUCAUUACCUGCUAUCCCUAUUUGGCUGGACUGUGAUCCAGGUCAUGAUGAUGCAGUCGCUAUAUUAAUGGCAUGCAAAUUACCCCAAUUUAAAUUGGUCGGUAUAUCUGCAUCCUAUGGUAACUCCACACCCUUAAACACUUUGAAAAAUACAAUUUCUAUUCUACAAAGCUUGAAUGAAAAGAUGUGCACCUAUCAAGAUAUUACCAGUAAUGAUAAUAAUACAACCAGUAAUAGCGCAAUCCCCAUUUAUAAAGGUGCACAAGAACCACUAGUGAAACAAGACACCGGUGAUUAUACUGAUUUUGACUAUGAAAAAGAUUCAUAUACGGCUCCUGAAAUACAUGGUGAUUCUGGGCUAGACGGCACCACAUUAUUACCCAAACCAGAUGAAACUUUUUUAAACAAAUUAGUUCCUAGUACUAAUUCAACCGCUAACUAUUUCGAUUUUAUAAAAGGUUUAGAAAAUGCAUUGCUGCAGUAUCCUAACGAAUUAGUUUACGUAUCCACCGCUUCCUUGACUUCUCUGGCUACAUUCUGUUUAACAAAACCACAUUUAAAAAAAAAUUUUAAAUAUAUUUCAGCUAUGGGCGGAUCCUUUUAUAACAUUGGCAACAGAAACCCUAAAAAUACGGCUGAAUUCAAUAUAUAUAUUGAUCCCCACGCUGCUAAUUGUAUUUUUCAGGAUCCUAUAUUGCAGGGCAAAAUAUUUUUAGCUCCAUUGAAUUUGACACAUAAAGCAAUUGCUACUGAAGAAGUAAUGGAAAAAAUUAAAGACUACCACGGUACUACAGUAAUCACUAGCAGUAAAUCAAAUUCCAUGGUCAGGAAAAUGUUUUAUGAAUUAUUUUUAUUUUUCAAAACAACAUAUAGUAAAGCACAAGGUGCUCAAUUUAUAAAGGGACCACCAGUGCACGACCCAUUAACAUUAAUGCCAUUAUUGCAAUUCAUAAAUAAUGAUAAAAAAGUUGAUUUUAAAUACAAAGUUUUGGAUAUAUUUGUUAUUGAAGAUGAAAAAAAUAAAGAUUAUGGAAGAACAUUGGCUGUUAAAGAACACAAGUCUACAGAAAUUACUAGUCUUGGCUCCAAUAUUUCUAAAGGGAUUAUAGUUGGUUUUGAUAUGAAUAUAGAUUAUUUUUGGGAUAAAGUUCAUGAAUCAUUAGAAUUAGCAUGA